GGUAAAAAUAAAAUCGGCAAAAAAGGGCCAAAAAAGAGGAGAAAUAUGUCAAAAAAAAGUGUUUUUAUUAAAAUAUUUGGAAUUGUUUUUAUAUUUGUCUUUUUUUUCGUUUUUUUUCACCGAACAAAGCCCAAGAUAAAGGUUCCUUUUGUUCCAAGAAAAGAAGAUAUUUUUGAUAUAGAAAAUCGGAUUUUUUUGGAGGAAAAAACGCCAUUUAGAUGCUUUAUAAUAGGGGAAUGUAGUCAAUGCCCGGAAAAUAUGACGAUACCACCAUGUGACAAAGAUCACCGAUAUCGACUGAAUAUACAUUGUAAAUAUGAAGAAACACAAGAGGAUCAAUCUAAAUUACCACCUCUUCCAUCGUGGGUAUCAUGUUUUCCGGUUAAAAAUCUUGAAAGAGUACAUUUUUUGAUUGUACAAAUAUUUUUUGUGAUUACAAGCUUUAUAUCAAUAUCAUUUAUAAUUUGGAGACGAUAUAUGAAACAAGAAUGAGUUGAAAAAUUUCUAAUGAUGAAGUAUAUAUUAAUAAAAAAGGGGA